AUGGACUCGCCACGAGAGACUGACGUCGUUUACGACGAGAAGACUCAUGAUAUACCAGCCACUACCAAGACGUCAGAGUCCAAUGAUCCUAAAGAUGCCCAGAACGACAAGUUUGGCAAGGAGCCUUACGAAACCGAGGUUCCUUCUCAAUCUGAUGAAGAAGGGCGUGGGGGCGACAUUAAUGCUCUUGAGACUGCGGAAGAUUUUGUUACCGCAAUCAUUCAUGUCGAAGAUGAUCCAACCAUGAACCCUUGGACUUUUCGCAUGUUUUUCAUUGGUUUGGGGCUAUCUGCUUUCGGAGCUGUCCUCCAAGAAAUCUUCUACUUUAAGCCUCAGAUUAUUUAUGUAUCAGUCAUGUUCUUGACUGUGAUUGCGUAUGCCAUUGGAGAAUUCAUGGCUAUUAUUAUUCCAAGAUGGGGCAAAGUCGGUCGAUUUCUCAACCCUGGUCCAUUCAAUCAAAAGGAACACGCUGCAGCGGUUAUCAUGGCAUCCGCUGCUGCAGUUUCCGCUUUGUCGACAGAAGCAUUGGCAGCUCAAAAGCUUUGGUACGGAGGAUACCCUAGUCAAGCUGCUGGGGUGUUCUUGACUUUAUCUUCACAGUUGAUCGGAUAUGGUGUUGCAGGUAUGAUGAGGAGUAGUCUUCUGUGGCCAACAAAAAUGCUUUACCCGGCAAAUCUCCCUGUCACUACCGUUUUGGAAACUUUGCACAAGGACAAAGCAACGAAUAAGAAGAGAAUGAAGGUUUUCUGGAUUAUUUUCUUUGCUCUUUUGGCUUGGGAAUUGCUUCCUGAGUACAUAUUUCCCCUCCUUAUCGGUGUCUCAAUAUUCUGUCUCGCAGACCAACACAGCCUCGUCUUCGCCAAUCUCUUCGGAGGUGCCAAUGGAAACGAGGGUUUAGGAUUAUUGUCUUUCUCUUUCGACUGGAAUUAUGUCGCUGGUUUCGGGUCUCCCUUGUGGAUGCCACUUCAAACCUUGGUCAACAGCUUCAUCGGUACUCUCGGUUGCAUCGUUCUUUUCAUGGCCGUAUACUAUGGCAACAUUUGGAGAGCACAAGAUUUCCCAUUCUUGUCUCAACUAUUGUUCACUACCGAUUCGAACUUCACGUCAUAUCAAACCUUCAAUGAAACAACUAUUCUAAAUGACGAUUUCACCGUCAAUCAGGAGGCACUUGAAGCUGCAGGUAUUCCUUACAUGGCUUCCACCUAUAUCGUAUAUCUCAUCACAUCCAACAUGGGAUUUACCGCUAAUUUCGUCCACAUGUUCCUCUGGAAUUAUGAAGACAUUAAGACGGGAUGGGCUUGGGUCAACAAAGCUACGUUAAAGAAGAUACUAACUCCGUCUCAUUAUAUGUUCUGGAAGGGUAAGAGUGGCCAGCGUACCGAGGAAGAAAAGCAAGCUUUGAGAGAUGAUCCCAACAUUGAUCCUCAUUACAAGAUUAUGUUGGAUUAUGAUGAAGUUCCUGACCUGUGGUACUUUCUCGCAUUCUUAGCGAGUUUCAUCACAUCAAUGGCUUGCCUUUAUGCUAUGAAAUCAACUCUUCCCUGGUGGGGCUUGAUUUUGGCCAUGCUGUUCUUGACGGUUUUCAUGUUGUUCUUUGGUGCUCAGUAUGCUAUUACUGGUUUCCAAUUUAAUGUUGAACCUAUUGCUCAAACUCUGGCCGGAUAUUUAUUCCCUGGAGCUCCUCUUGCCAAUAUGUAUUUCACAACCUUUACCUUUAAUGCACUUCAACAAGGACAAUAUCUUCUUCGAGAUUUGAAACUUGCCCAACAAAACAAACUCUCUCCAAAAGUUACAUAUACAACCCAAAUCAUCGGGUGUAUCUUUGGUGCUUGUCUCAACUAUGUGAUGAUGAUUACCAUUGUUGAGAACCAAACCCCACACCUCCUCACGAUUCAAGGCACACCGAUUUGGUCCGGCGCCAACGUCCAAUCUUUUAACACCCUCGCAAUCGCUUGGUCCAUUGCCCCAAAGAUGUUCUCCAUCGGUGCCCGUUACCAAUGGGUAACUAUUGCUUAUCUACUUGGAUUCCUCGUCCCUGUUCCUUUCUGGGUUAUGGCCCGAUAUUUCCCCCAUCAACGUGUUUGGUCUUACCUCAACCUCUCAAUCAUCCUUUGGUAUUUCGGAUAUCUUGUCGUUGGUAUCAACUCUAGUGUCUUCAUGUACUACUACAUCGGUGCCUUCGGUCAAUUCUACCUAAGAAAAUGGAGACCAAAAUAUUUCGUCAAGUGGAACUACUUGGUCUCCGCCGGUCUCGAUGGGGGAACACAAGUAAUGGUGUUUUUGCUCACUUUCGCUGUUGCGGGAGGAAGUGGAAUUAGUAGACCGUUCCCGGCUUGGGCUGGAAAUCCCGCAACUGGAAAUGUGGACAAGUGUAUGUACAAUACUGCCAAUGGAUAA